AAAUGGGGGAAGAGGCAGAGCAGAUGUUCAAAAGGAUUAGCAGAUUGUGGAAAAAAGGAGGAUUUGGACAGAAGGAACCUGUUGCAUAAAUUCUUAACUACUAAACUUGUAGGAAAACUCCAAUAUUUAAAAUUUUAAACAAAGCUAUAUAGGUAAAUACCUUCAUAAAAGAAAAUGUCAUUUUUGUACUUAAAAUGCACAUAAUUUAAAAAACCAUGAAGGUGCUAACCUCUUUCUCUCUGUGGUAGCUACUAAACUUACAGGAAUACUUUUUGAUGCAGUUUGUUAUGUUUGAUGAUAAUGAUAAUGUGGUUGUUUGACUUAAAGGAAACAAUAAAAAUAAAUUUGAAAGCACAGUUGUUCUGGAUGAAACAGCAGUAUCCUUACAUUAUUUUUUAAUCUCAGUUUCAGUUUGAAAGUUAAGAUCUUGUAAUAAUUUGAUGGCUGGGUGGAAAAAUUAGGGCAAUGUAUUAAAAUUAUCGCACUUCUGCUUUUUUAUUUUAAAGGUAAAGAGUAAAUUGCAUUGUCUUAUAUGUUUGUACCUCAGUUCUACUGGUAGUUUCUGGUUUUUGUCAUUUGAAUAACUUGAUUUCUCUUUUUUUUUUUUUUUAGUCCAGAGUAUUUUUGAGUUUAAAAUUUUGGAGGUUUUUUCCUGUCCUUUUUUUUUUUUAAUUAAUCAUGCUCCAUAAAAAAAAUCAAGGCAAAUUUAGUUAGUAUGUAUGGAAUGUUCAGUUUAGUCAUGUUGACCAUCACUUGUUACACGGGAGGCAGUUUGUGACUCUGGGGUGCAAUGGACGAUGCCUUGAACUUGGUGACAUUAAUAAGAAAGGAUUGUAAUUGACUUAUAUUUGCUUCAUGUUUAUAUCAAUAGAUACACUUGGGGUUGGUAAUUGGUGUCAAUAUAAUUCACUUUUCUGUUACUUUAGGGUUAAUCCGUGGAAGUACUAGAUUUAGAACAGUAUUUUUUACAUGUAAUCUAUAUUAAUCCUCCACCUAUUAUUUAACUUUAAAGCAUUUUCUUUGGCUAGAUUAAGCUAAAUGUUUUAUAAAAUCAUUUUUAGUUACCUCUUUUUGCCUUUUUCUUCUGUGUCUUUUUUCCUUUUCGAUUUAAUUUUCAAUUGGCUUCUAUACCUCCAUACUUCAUGAAUGAAUCAGUUGAUUUACAAAAUUGUGAUUAAUGUGUUGACUUUAAAUGAGUAAUAUUAAAUUUAUUGGCACAUGUCCCUGUUUUUAGUGAUAUUUCACCUGUAUUGUGAAAUAUAGUACAUGAUUCAGUUAAUGAGUAUAUUGCAAAAACAGGUUAUAAAACUACUCCAGUAUAUUUAUAUUAUUUCUUUUAAUAGCCAGUGUUAAAACUCUUAAUCAAAUUUUAAUGGCCAGUGUUAAAACUUCUUUAUUAAAUCUUUAUUCAUAAAAGUUUUCCUCAAUGGAAUGUAAAUUCUUUAACUUGAUAGGUACAUUUAUCAAAAAAUUUUCUGAUCUCAGGGUCUGAUUACUAACCUUUUCAAACCACAUGGCUUGCUUUUUCAAAGUCUUGGGGUAAAUGGAUUAGAUGUUUUGGUAAAUGUAUUUUGUCCAAUGUAUCUUUUUUAUGUUUUCCUACUGUAUAUAAUAUAAAGAUAUUUAUCUAAUAAUGCUUGUAUAGUGACUUCACACUGAAAUAAACAUGUCCUUGGGCAUGGCAAUAUUUUUCCAAGAUAUAAAGGGGCAUUGAUACUAAAACUAUCAGUUUCCAAGUCUGUUUCCUUUUGUGCCUUUUCUUAAAAUUAAUCUGUCUUUUGUCCAGUUUUCUCCACAUUUUCCAAAAGAAAGGCAUAUUUUUCAGGUCCCAAAUUUUACUGUGGUACACUGCCUCGGAUUGUAAAAACUUCUUGGUCACCAUCAGAAGAGAACAUUUUGAAAGACUGUAGUUAUGGUAUUGCUGAUGUGAAUUAGUGUAAUCACUAUAAUGACUGGGAACAAAUCUUAUAUACCAGGUUGUUUCCAGUGUUUGGUUUCAGCAAAAGGGAAGAGGAUCUGAUCAAGUUGUUAGUUAAUAAGAACAUUAAGUGUAAUUUUUGAAGAUAUAUUUUACUGUGUGACCUUUGUGUGUAAUGAUAUAGAUGUGCAAAGGAUUGAAUGACAUUGUUAAAACCUUUCUGAUUUCCGUCUACUCAUCUGUUGUCAGCAAGAUUUCUCAACUUUCACAUCUAUAAAAAUUCAGAAUAAGAGAAUUAAACUUUUUAUUCUAACAAGUAAAAUAUCCACUGUUAUAUGAACUAAUUAACAAUCAGUUACUAUUUUAAAAAUAUUCUAAAGGAACAGUUUUGUAAUUAUUGUGGGGAAUUAUUAACAAAUAAACAUUUUUCCUUAUAUGAAAAAUUUCAGACAUAACACAGAAUAAACAAUAGUAUAACCAGCUGCCAUCCACCCAUUCCUGGCCUUAAUUUUCAUAACAUUUGUUUCUUCACCCCACUGUAUCCCACUACUGGAGAAAUGAUUUUUUUUUUUAAACAGUUUGUUUUGCUUUGGCGGGAUGGUACAGGGGUAGGAUUUACUCUAGGUUAUUUGGUAUGUGUAUGUGUGUUUUUUUCUAACAACUGUGCAAAUAAACUUUAUACUGUAAAAUUUUCAAAAUUAGAAUGACAUAAUGAUUACUAGAUUCCAUAUAUCCCUGGGGUACAUGAAACCUUUACAAGAGAUGACAGGGCAAGUACAUCUUACCAACUUAAAUGCUAUUUCUAGGUAAAUAAUAAAAAGAAACAUUAAUCAAGUACUUUUAUGAUUAAAUGGGGAAGUUUUGAGUAGAGAUUUCUUGAGUCAACACAAUCAUUUAGAUAUUUUGCCUGUUUACAUAAUCUGCCAAAACAUUUCAGAUAGUUUACCCAAAAUGUUAUAUGAUGCUAGACAUUGACAAAUAUCAGUUGCUUCUUAAAAAUACCAGUUGUUUCUGAAAAAUAGCAUAGAAGUAAAACCUAAUUGUACAUUAGUUUAGUAAGCUGCAAAGUAGAUCAAGAACGUGACUGUAGUCAAGAGUUGAGACAGUGUUUGUUUUUUUAAAAAUUAAACAUGACAGCUAAACAAAGAAAGUACAGUUUAGGUCAGAGAAUGAUAGUUCAAUAUAAUUUGUUUAUUUUACAUUGAUUAAUUGUAUAACCAGUAAUUAUCCAUGUGACAUCCCAAUGCAAAUGCUGACAAUUUUUUCCAAAAGAGUUGUUUUUUGUGCUUUUUCAAAGGUUGAAAAGGUUUUUGUGGUUUAAAUGUUGUUACAUAUUUUACAGCAUUAGGAUCUAUGGAAUAUUUUGACAACUGCAACAGUUCAAUGAAGUUGCAAGGAGUGAAUAAUGCUGAAAAAUUUGACUAUGUAAUGCAGUUUUUGAAUAAGAUGGCUGGUAAUGAAUAUGUUGGAUUCAGUAAUGCAACGUUUCAGUCUGAAAGAGAAAGUGGAGAUCGAAAUUUUGCAAUAGGAUAUUACUUAAAGGAAAAAAAGUGUUUCCCAGAAGGCACAGACAUGGUUGGUAUAUUGGACUUCUAUUUCCAGCUAUGCUCCAUUGAAGUAACUUGUGAGUCAGCUAGUGUGAUGGCAGCAACACUGGCUAAUGGUGGCUUCUGCCCAAUCACUGGUGAAAGAGUACUGAGUCCUGAAGCAGUUCGAAAUACACUCAGUUUGAUGCAUUCCUGUGGCAUGUAUGAUUUCUCAGGGCAGUUUGCUUUCCAUGUUGGUCUUCCUGCAAAAUCUGGAGUUGCUGGUGGCAUUCUUUUAGUUGUCCCCAAUGUCAUGGGCAUGAUGUGCUGGUCUCCUCCUCUGGACAAGAUGGGCAACAGUGUUAAGGGAAUUCACUUCUGUCAUGAUCUUGUUUCUCUGUGUAAUUUCCAUAACUAUGAUAAUUUGAGACACUUUGCUAAAAAACUUGAUCCUCGAAGAGAAGGUGGUGAUCAGAGGGUAAAGUCAGUGAUAAACCUUUUGUUUGCUGCAUAUACUGGAGAUGUGUCUGCACUUCGAAGGUUUGCUUUGUCAGCCAUGGACAUGGAACAGCGAGACUAUGAUUCUAGAACGGCACUCCACGUAGCUGCUGCAGAGGGUCAUGUUGAAGUUGUUAAAUUUCUGCUGGAAGCCUGCAAAGUAAAUCCUUUCCCCAAGGACAGGUGGAAUAACACUCCCAUGGACGAAGCACUGCACUUUGGGCACCAUGACGUAUUUAAAAUCCUGCAGGAAUACCAAGUCCAGUACACGCCUCAAGGAGAUUCCGACAACGGAAAGGAGAAUCAAACGGUCCAUAAGAAUCUCGAUGGACUGUUAUAAUAGUCUUAAGCCCAAGAUUUAAAUCACUUACCUAUGUAAUUGUGGAAAAUGAUUAUGAAGAACGUGUGUAUUCCUAUCUGGUAGUGAUGUAUAUUUUACAACAUUGGUCAUUUCAGUGUUACUGGAGUUUCUUCAUUGUGCACACAGGACAAAUCUGAUCUCUUUGGGAAAAAAUAGAAAUAAAACAAUCUCCCUCCAUAAUGUGAGCAAUAUUUACCUCGUGCAUUGUAUAAUUUGAUGUAAAAGAUACAUUUACCAAUGCUCGCUUUACUGUGUGGUCUUCAUGAUUUUUGUGUAUUUUGUGAAUUUUACAGUUUAUGGUGAUGAUCUGCUGAUAUGCAUUUAUAAAUUAAACUCUAUUGUACAGUCUGUCCAAAUGGGUCAAGGCUAUCUUUAGGCAAGACAGUGUAAUUUUCAUGACUUCAAAUACAGAUUUAGUUUGAGUGAACAACUAUAUGUACUUAUGGUUAUGUGUUUAAAAUGUCUCCCAUCACCCUAGCUUCAUGAUGUGACUCUAAAAAUUAUAAUAGUUAACAACUGUUAGUAGGAUAGCCCAAUUCUAAUUAGACUUUAUCAGGGAAUCUGUUUAAGGUAUGUUUGGUGACCAAAACGUUAUGUGUGAAUGUAGUUAAAAUAUUUUGGAAAGAAUCUCCUUUUUCUAUAUCCCCUUAGACCAGCUUCUUUUCCCAGACAUUUAGCUCUUUGCCUCUUUCCUUUAGCUGGGAAAGUGGGUGCUGGCAUACUAUGCAGUUUUCAUUUUUCCACAAUAAAACAGAAAAUGCCUCCUGUAUCUGGCAUCCAAGCUGUAACUAUGCCAUUUGUCUACAGGAGAUGAACCAGAGACAGAUUAGUAAGCUAAAUACAAAUUAUUCCAAUUCGUCAGCCAAUAAAAGGAAGGAAUGUGCUCCGACAGCUCUUUAAGAAGAUAUUUUUCAGCUUUCAGGAUAAAUUCAGACAUGCUCUAAGCUACCAAAGUUAUUAUGAAGGUAUGGGAACUGCUACAAAUAACAUUUGUUUUAAAACCUGUCAUUAAAAGUCUGCAUCACGGUAUCUAUUCUGUUUAGGGGAUCAGUAGAUUGUUCCCAUUUCCUCCUGACUUUCUACUGUAUAUUUUUGGUGGACUUUACAGUUUAAUAAUAAGAAAAGGCUAUUUCAUUUUAAAUCAAAAUCCAUUAUUUGUCUUGGGGAGGAAUUGCACAUAUACAUUAUCCUGUCAUACCUCAGAGGUAUAAAAGGGUAUGUUAAUGAGGAUUUCUGAAAUUACACACACACACACACACACACACACAAAUGGACUUCUCUGAAGCUGUAUUUAGUGAAAUGAGCAGAAUCCUCAGCUACAUGGAUGCUGGCUGUUAUGUUAAUAUAACAAAUUCCUUUUUCUUCCCCUUUCUGUCAGCACACACUGCUGCUUCCAGGCUUUAUCAUGCCCAGUGGCUCCUAUCCCACUCCAGCAGCCUCCAAGUGUUUCAAUUACUGCUCCCAGUCUAAAGCAGUAACUUCUGCUAUUAUCCCUUAUUGCCUAGGCAGCACCUCGGUAGGUGGAACAUGGCGGGUGUUCCUUAACGGAGCUGCAUCAGGCACGAAGCCAUUCUCAAGUUUGAGCUUCUGUGUGGAGUAUGGUGGGUGGGCGUUCCUGCCCCAUGGGUCUAUCAGACAUGUAGACAGGUAGUAUUUGUAAAAUGCUGCAGAGGAACAGCAUUAUUCCCAAAGAUAUCAUGGGGUAGACACUCUGUAAUUGAAAUUAUUUGAAAUAAUUGCUCCAACAGCAGCCUGCUCUGUGUGAUUUAAAUGAAACAUUAAGAUAGUUCAGUUACAUGACUUGAAGACUGCCAAUGAUUUUGAGAACUUUUGUUCUGUUACUUGGGAACAAAGCGUUUUCCUCUUUUCUCAGAUCAAAACUAUUUUGUGCAAUCUUUGUUGUUUAGUUAAAUGUGCCCUUAUUUACACAUGAUGUUAUUUAUGACUGUAGGCUGGGUCUUGCUCUGGCUAUUUGCUAUUGGCUGGUAAUAAUAAUGAACACAUUUGACUUAAAUGCUUUUAAUUGUACUGUUAACUGCUGCCAUCACUAUGCUCCAAAGAUCUUUUUAUUCUGGCUUUAGGAUCACAUGUGCUUUUUCGGUACCACAGAGCUCUAUAUGGUGGUGUUUCUUUAAAGCUUUGUAUACACUGUUGUUUUUGCUGGUCUCUGUUCUAAUCUCAUAUCUGAGUGUAAUGUGCUGUACCCCACUGCUGCCCAUCCUGCCCUUCAGCUGCAGAACUGGAUCAGCUAUUGACCAUUUGAUGCUCUUAUCUGCCUGGCAGGAACUGAAUGACCUGAUGCUGGAUUUAGAUUCUUUCUGGGGAUUGUACAGCUAUGAAUGUAUUUGCUUCCAGAACCUCCCAAAGUGAAUCUAAUCUUAAAACUAUAAGUUGUAAGUAUUCUGAAAUUGAAAAAUAUUUAUUUUAAUUGAAAUCAGGUAGUGUUGCUUUUUACAGCUUAAUAAAUACAUGUAUCAAAAAA